GAACAGUCUCUGCAGGUUCAGCACAGUAUAAGAGAAUGAGUCCCUUGGUCUGAGCUUCACUCUGAGCCUCCCAGGGCCACCCAGCCUUUGGACCUGCAGGUGAAGAUGACAUUUUUGCUGAUCACCGUGACUUACCUUUGCGCUUACACAUUGAUGGACUCAAUCGAUGCUGUAAUGUUGGUGAAUUGUCAUCCAGUGCUGGACAUGGCAUGCAAUGCUUUUGAUGACCAGUAUAUCGGCUGCACAGAGGACAUGGAAAAUAUAAUCAAGUCUAAACUGCUGCAGCAAGAGAAAUCAAGGCACAAGUUGUUUAACAAAACAUGGGAAGCUGCGAAAAACCAAUGGAAUAUGAAGAAAAACCUCUCUCUGCCUGUAGGGUUUAAGGAUGAGAAUGGAAUAGCAAUCCUGGCCUAUACCAGAGGAGGUAAUGUACCUUUGUACCCGGAAUUCAACAAAGCUGUGAGAGAGGCUGGUAAAUCCCGAGCUUAUUAUCUCAAACAUUUCCCAUUCAAAGCCCUUCAUUUUUAUUUGACCAGAGCGUUGCAGCUCCUGAAGAGAGACUGUGCUGAGAUGUACGAGACGGAGGUGUACCGGGGAGUCCGUUCUCUCCACUUCGAACCCAAUAGGAGAGGUAACAUGAUCCGGUUUGGGACAUUUACCUCUUCAUCUGUAAACAGGAGCGUAGCUCAGAAAUCUGGCUUGGACACAUUCUUCACCAUCCGGACCUGCUUCGGGGUCCGCGUUGAAAACAUCUCUUAUUUCCGAGGUGAGGCAGAAGUGCUGAUUCCAGUCUAUGAGAUAUUUAGGGUGUCCAACUUCACCAAGGACAAGAACAGCAACAUGUUUGUCCUCCACAGCACAAACCAGACCUUCAGCCGUUACAACUGCGCCUACAUAGAAGGAAAGAAAGGGCGACGGUGUCCCUAGCGCUCCGAAGGAUUUCACGCAGAAUCUGACAUCCGGAGCACUUCGGCCUGGAUAUGCUGAAGCAGAAACCACGUGAAAUG